CCGUGGCCCUGGUGGCCGCGGUGAUAACGUUGUACUACUUCUACGCAAAGUACAAGCUGAAUUACUGGAGAAGGAAAGGGGUCCACCAGCUUCCCAGCGACCUGAUCUUCGGGAACUUCAAGGAAGCCAUCCUCUUCCGGUCGGCUCCAGGAUGGCAUUUGGGGACUUUAUACAAAACAGCACCCCAAGACGCGCCCUAUCUCGGGUUCUACAUCUCCACAAGCCCUGCUUCCUCCUCAGAGACCCUGAAGUCAUCAAGCAGAUCCUCAUCAGGGACUUCGACAACUUCUCCGACCGGCACUUCGCCGGGUCCAGGCAGAAGGACAGCAUAGGGAUGAAAAACCUGUUCGGUUUGAAAAAUCCUGCGUGGAAGUACUUGCGCUCCAAGAUCACUCCGACCCUGACGAAGGGGAAGCUGAAGAUGAUGUUGCCUCUGAUGAUCGAGACCGGCGAGCCCAUGAUGCAGUACUUGAAGGAUCAACCUAUGGACAAGGAGGGCAUCAGAAGAGUGGACGCUCAGGAACUUAAUUAUAAAUACACUACAGACCUUAUCGCCUCGGUUGCUCUUGGUACCAAAACGGACUCCUUCUACAACCCCAACACUGAGUUCUCCAAAGCUGUUAUGGAAUUUUUCCACGGAUUCAAGAGGAUGGUUGCCCUAGUUACCGUGUUCUUCAUGCCAGAGCUGGUGGAGAUGAUCGGCACGAGGAUGCUCUUCAACUCCAGCUUCGUCAAGAAGGUCUUCUGGAACGCCUUCGAGUCCAGGGAACGAACCGGUGUCAAAAGGGGAGAUUUCAUCGACUCCCUUGUGCAGCUUAAAAAUGGGGAACAGAAUCCAGACUACAAAUUCGAGGGCGACAAUUUGCUUUGGCAAUCUGGAACAUUCUUCUCCGGCUUUGAGUCCAGUUCCACUACGGCAGCUUUUACUUUGUUGGAGUUGGCCAGGCAUCCUGAAUAUCAGGAACGGGCACGAAAAGACAUUUUAAAGGCAAUUGAAAAGCAUGGAUGGAAUUAUGAUGCCUUCAAUGACAUGAAAUACCUUGACCAAGCAUUAUCCGAAGGCAUCAGACUGCACCCUCCGGUGUCCACCAUUGACCGAUACACUCGUCAAGACUAUAAAAUUCCUGGGACAGAUAUCGUCCUAGAAAAGGGAACCGCAAUUUACAUCUCUUUGUACGGAUUGCAAGAAGAUCCACGAUUUUUCAACGAACCUCAAAAAUUCAAUCCCGACAGGUUUGGUGAGGGAAAUGUCAUUUCUGAUGCCUACAUUCCAUUUGGAACGGGUCCAAGAAUGUGUGUUGGAAUGAAGGUCGGUCAGCUUCAUGCCAAGGUGGUAAUCGCGAUGUUAUUGCGGGAAUAUGAAGUCUACCAAGAUCCUAAUGAGAAAACUGAUCUUGAUCCAAGAUCGACGUUUACGGCCGCAGCUGAUGGCAUUAAUCUGAAAUUCAAGAGAUUGGCUCAGUAACUGUUAAAGAAAUUCAUCGCUCUCGAUCUCAACGAUUCUACUUGUUUUGGUACAGCCAGUAAAAACAGAAUCACUUGACAGAUAUGCCAAGUUAAGAGAAACGCAGUCAAGGCAAGAGCUCAUCGGAGGAGUCCUUUUGUUAAGUUAAUUAUGCCCUAAUAUUUAUGUUUCUACGGAACGGAGACAGUAGACUCUCUUUGGGACGACACCCUGGAGAAUUAUCAGUAUUCUGAUCACGGUGAUGUAGAUGACUAUUUGUUAAGUUUAUAACGGGUAUAUUAGUUAUUAUUGAGGAGAGAUUUAGUUAUAAUAAACGUUACUUAAAAUAUAACGCUUAA